AUGCCAUUUUCCUUUUCAGUUGGUGGGCGCCCCAGUACGAGCCACGAAGCUGUGACAAUCACAGCUGGCAAGACCCUCAUUCUCACCUGUAUCCUGAGUCAGAGGGAUCUGCCAGGAAGCGCUGAAUGGUACAAAGACCUGGGCAAUGACCGGAAGAUAAUUUUGAGGGAAAAUGACACAUCUUCUCGUGGGGUGAGGCUCGUGCAAGGAUCGCCAAUUGACUUCAGUGUCAGACUCAACAACAUCGGCCCCGAAGAUAGCGGGACCUACUGUUGCUCAGUAGUCAAGGAAGGUCCCCAAAGCAGAAAAUUUAUAAAGACAAAAUCGGUGGUCUCUGUGAUUGCCCAUCCAUCCCAACCUUUGCUUCGUGGCCCCUCAGACAGCAUCGCGGUGGGGUCCCAGGUUUCUUUCAAUUGUUCUGCAAAAGAAUUCCCCACCCAAGAAAUCACAGUCAUCUGGUUAAAGGAUAAGAAUGAAAUACAGCCUGCCACGAUCAACUUCCUGAAUUAUACUGCAGAGAAGGGCAUCCUAUACAGCAUGGAGAGCACGGUGGACAUUUUGCUCAGACAAGAAGAUAUGGGGUCAGUGCUGUCAUGCCAGGUUCAACACAGCUCCUUGGAGGAUCCCUUACAGCAGGACUUUCUACUACUCGGUGAAGUCGUAAGAGGCUCAACACAGAAUACUCCCACCAAUCUCUGGAUUGCCCUUUUUCUGAACAAAGCAGCCGUCCUUCUUCUUGUCUCCUUCCUCUUCCUAAUUAAAGUGUACAAAUGCAAUUGUGCAAGAAAUGACUUCAGAUUAUCCCAGGAAGCAAGACAGUCUGGAAAGUGAAGUUAAGAGCUUCUAUUCCUGACAGACUUUCAGGAUGAGAAAGGAUCUGUUUAGGGAAUCAACCAUAUCGUUGCUAAAAUGCUUUGUAUAAUGCUUCAUCCUUGCAACCCCAUCACAUUAUCUCUCUCUAUAAAAAUGGCUGUGUGUAUGUUCCAGCAUAACUCUGGAACGCCUCGAGCAAUUUCAACCAAACUUGGUACACAGAUGACUUACUCCCUGGAAACAAAUACUGUGGGGGUCAGACACCCCUAACACACCUCAGGGUGUGUGUUCUGUUAAAAUACAGCCUGUUGUGCCUUAAAAUGGCUUCUACCGUACUGCCUUAAAAUGGCUUCUACUGUACAGCACAGUGGAGUUGCCAUGGUAAUGGCUUCACAGUACUCCACAAGGGGGCUCCCUCUGGUAAGGGGGAAAAUCAAAGAUUAGAAAUUACAUUUGGUCCGGACAUUUUCAACAAAGGCUUCGAUUAUUCUUGAGGGCAAAUGUAUGGCCAUGAUCAAUAAAACAUUACCGCAACUCAGCCUGCCUACACCACUAUGAGACCGACACGACGUACUUCACGCAGAUUACAUACGAGAAAACUAUAACAUCAAACAGCUUAGUGCAUAUAUUGUGGACAAGAAGCCACUUCUAAAUCAAGAUCAGAAAAAAAAGCAUACCAAAUCAGCUAGCACAGGGGUCUGCAACGUUAAACACUCAAAGAGCCAUUUGGACCUGUUUCUCACAGAAAAGAAAACACCGGGAGCCACAAAACCUUUCCUGUGCCUGACUAUUUCUUGAGCAGCCACAAAACUAGCCUAUGUAGUUGAAGUAAACAUUCUGUUUUCUUCUGAAA